GGAGCGGGCUUGCACGGGACGCGAGCAGCUGCAGGAGUCUGGGGAGGUUGGAGAUCCCGAAGCCAAGGCGGUUCGGUGCCUCGUGGUCGUCUUCUCUUUGAACCUCUGACUAUGCAGUUCUGAGACCUCCCCCAGCCGGGGGAUCAGACAGCCCGGGAGACACACGGUGUACGCCUUCCCCACGCUCCUCGCUCCCGCCCCGCUCUCCAGAGCUGAAGGAUCUCUCUCUCUCUCUCUCUCUCUCUCUCUCUCUCUCUCUCUCUCUCUCUCUCUCUCUCUCCCCCCCUAACGCCUUUCACCAUUAAGAGGAAAGCGAUGGAGGAGCUGAGCGCUGACGAGAUUCGACGGAGGCGCCUGGCACGACUUGCUGGUGGACAGACCUCCCAACCAACUACCCCGCUUACAUCUCCCCAGAGGGAGAACCCUCCUGGGCCUCCGAUAGCAUCGUCAGCCCCAGGUCCCUCCCAGAGUCUUGGUCUCAAUGUCCACAACAUGACCCCAGCUACCUCCCCAAUAGGUGCAGCAGGAGUCACCCACCGGAGCCAGAGCAGCGAAGGAGUCAGUUCUCUCAGCAGCUCGCCUUCCAACAGCCUUGAGACGCAAUCUCAGUCCCUCUCGCGUUCUCAGAGCAUGGAUAUUGAUGGUGUCUCCUGUGAGAAAAGCAUGUCCCAGGUGGAUGUGGAUUCAGGAAUUGAAAAUAUGGAAGUGGAUGAAAACGACCGAAGAGAAAAAAGGAGCCUCAGUGACAAGGAGCCUUCUUCAGGCCCUGAAGUGUCUGAAGAGCAAGCCUUACAGCUGGUCUGUAAGAUUUUCCGUGUCUCUUGGAAGGACCGGGAUAGAGAUGUCAUCUUUCUUUCUUCUCUUUCUGCGCAGUUUAAACAAAACCCAAGAGAAGUGUUCUCCGAUUUUAAGGAUUUGAUUGGCCAGAUUUUAAUGGAAGUGCUGAUGAUGUCUACCCAGACCCGAGAUGAAAAUCCAUUUGCCAGUCUGACAGCCACAUCACAGCCCAUUGCUGCAGCAGCUCGGUCACCAGACAGAAACCUCAUGCUGAACACUGGCUCCAGUUCAGGAACGAGCCCCAUGUUCUGCACCUUGGGUUCCUUCAGUGCCAGCUCAUUGUCGAGCCUCUAUGAGACUAGCCCAGCUCCCUCUCCCAGUCUCUGGAGCUCUGCGCCAGUGCUGAGUCCAUCCUUUGCCUCACCUUCCCAUGCCGCCAACCAGACGGCUGUACCUUCAGCUUCCCUCAGCCCUCACAGCACUACUUCUGGAACUGCAGCCGGAAGCCAGUCCUCGUCCCCUCGUUACCGGCCCUAUACAGUCACGCACCCGUGGGGGUCUUCACCUUGCCCUACACCACGGUCAAUAGGCACCUCCGUUCUGUCUAGCUCCCCAGGCCUCCCUGCCCACUCCAGUAGCCCCCAAGCAGUACCUGCCAGCAAUUCCAGACAGAGGCCCAGCAGCAUGGGCCCAGCCUUGCCAACGGCCUCACCCAGUGCUGCGAGCAGACGUCCCUCCUCCCUGCGGAUCUCUCCUAGUUUGGGAGCCUCUGGUGGAGCCAGUAAUUGGGAUUCCUACAGUGACCAUUUCACCAUUGAGACCUGCAAGGAGACAGAGAUGCUGAACUACCUCAUCGAGUGUUUUGACCGAGUUGGAAUAGAGGAAAAAAAAGCACCAAAGAUGUGCAGCCAGCCAGCAGUCAGUCAGCUUCUGAGCAACAUCCGCUCACAGUGCAUAUCCCAUACUGCGUUAGUACUACAGGGUUCCCUAACACAGCCCAGGUCCAUGCAGCAGCCAUCCUUCCUUGUGCCGUACAUGCUGUGCAGGAAUCUCCCGUAUGGCUUCAUUCAAGAAUUGGUGAGGACCACUCACCAGGAUGAAGAAGUGUUCAAGCAGAUCUUUAUCCCCAUUUUACAAGGCCUGGCUCUUGCUGCCAAAGAGUGCUCCCUGGAUAGUGACUACUUCAAGUACCCCCUCAUGGCAUUAGGUGAGCUUUGUGAAACUAAGUUUGGGAAGACACACCCCGUGUGCAAUUUGGUUGCUUCUUUGCCCUUGUGGUUGCCGAAGUCCUUAAGCCCUGGCUCUGGGAGGGAACUGCAGAGACUCUCCUACCUGGGGCCCUUCUUUAGCUUCUCUGUCUUUGCAGAAGAUGACGCAAAAGUAGUUGAGAAAUAUUUCUCAGGGCCUGCCAUUACCCUAGAGAACACCCGUGUGGUUAGCCAAUCACUACAGCAUUACUUGGAGCUGGGAAGGCAAGAGCUUUUCAAGACUCUGCAUAGUGUUUUGUUGAACGGUGAAACCCGCGAGGCUGCUCUUGGUUACAUGGCAGCCGUCGUCAAUGCCAAUAUGAAGAAAGCGCAGAUGCAGACAGAUGAUAGAUUGGUAUCUACAGAUGGAUUUAUGCUGAAUUUCCUCUGGGUACUACAGCAGCUAAGUACAAAAAUCAAGUUAGAAACAGUUGAUCCCACAUAUCUAUUUCACCCAAAAUGUCGCAUUACUCUUCCCAAUGAUGAGACACGAGUGAAUGCAACGAUGGAGGAUGUUGGUGAAUGGCUGUCUGAACUAUAUGGAGAUCAGCCCCCAUUUUCUGAGCCAAAAUUCCCUACGGAAUGCUUCUUUCUCACGCUACAUGCGCACCAUCUCUCUAUUCUGCCUAGUUGCCGUCGCUACAUACGCAGACUCCGGGCCAUCCGGGAGCUCAAUAGAACGGUGGAAGAUUUGAAAAAUAAUGAAAGUCAGUGGAAAGAUUCCCCACUGGCAACUAGACACCGCGAGAUGCUGAAACGCUGUAAAACUCAACUAAAGAAACUGGUACGGUGUAAGGCCUGUGCUGAUGCUGGCUUACUUGACGAGAGCUUCCUGAGAAGAUGUCUGAAUUUUUAUGGCCUUCUCAUUCAGCUGCUGCUCCGCAUCCUGGACCCUGCAUAUCCCGACAUAACACUGCCUUUAAAUUCAGAUGUUCCUAAGGUAUUUGCAGCAUUACCUGAAUUUUAUGUAGAAGAUGUUGCUGAAUUUUUAUUUUUUAUUGUACAAUACUCUCCUCAGGUGCUUUAUGAGCCCUGCACUCAGGACAUUGUGAUGUUCCUCGUUGUGAUGCUGUGCAACCAGAACUACAUCCGAAAUCCAUACCUAGUGGCCAAACUGGUAGAAGUCAUGUUUAUGACCAAUCCUUCGGUCCAACCACGGACCCAGAAGUUUUUUGAAAUGAUUGAGAACCAUCCUCUCUCUACAAAAUUGCUGGUACCUUCUCUCAUGAAGUUUUAUACAGAUGUUGAGCAUACCGGAGCCACCAGUGAGUUCUACGACAAGUUCACAAUUCGCUAUCACAUCAGCACCAUUUUUAAAAGCCUUUGGCAAAAUAUAGCUCAUCAUGGCACGUUUAUGGAAGAGUUCAAUUCCGGGAAGCAGUUUGUUCGCUACAUAAAUAUGCUGAUAAAUGACACAACGUUUUUGCUUGAUGAAAGUCUGGAGUCGCUGAAGCGGAUCCACGAAGUACAAGAGGAGAUGAAGAACAAGGAACAGUGGGACCAGCUGCCACGGGAUCAGCAGCAGGCCCGGCAGUCUCAGCUUGCUCAGGAUGAGCGUGUGUCACGCUCCUAUCUCGCCCUGGCGACCGAGACUGUGGACAUGUUCCAUAUCCUAACAAAGCAGGUCCAGAAGCCGUUUCUCAGGCCAGAACUCGGACCCCGAUUGGCAGCCAUGCUGAACUUUAAUCUUCAGCAGCUUUGUGGACCCAAGUGCCGUGACCUGAAAGUUGAAAACCCGGAGAAGUACGGCUUUGAACCAAAGAAGCUGUUGGACCAGCUAACGGAUAUUUACUUGCAGUUGGACUGUGCUCGGUUUGCUAAAGCCAUUGCUGAUGACCAGAGAUCCUACAGCAAGGAACUAUUUGAAGAAGUAAUUUCAAAGAUGCGGAAGGCAGGGAUCAAAUCCACAAUUGCCAUAGAGAAAUUUAAACUUCUCGCCGAGAAAGUGGAGGAGAUAGUGGCCAAGAACGCACGGGCAGAAAUCGACUACAGUGAUGCUCCAGAUGAGUUCAGAGACCCUCUGAUGGACACCCUGAUGACCGACCCUGUUCGGCUGCCUUCUGGUACUAUCAUGGACCGUUCCAUCAUCCUGCGGCACCUACUCAACUCCCCUACUGACCCCUUCAACCGCCAGACCCUGACCGAGAGCAUGCUGGAACCAGUGCCAGAGCUGAAGGAACAGAUCCAAGCGUGGAUGAGAGAGAAGCAGAACAGUGAUCACUAAGCCGUCCCACCAUCCUCCUCUGCUGGAAGCAGCCAGGCCAGCGAGGCAGACCACGGCAGUAGCUGCCACAUGAAGCUGCUGCUCAAUGUGGCCCGACACCGAGAGCCCACCUCAAGUGACCAAACAUGCAGAUGUGAAGGGCCUGAGUGAGAAGAGGAGCCCGGUUCCUGUACAUAUAUUUAAGUGACACGUGGUCAAAAGCUUGAGGGACGAGUUUUAUGAUUGCUUGCGUAGUAAAGCACGUCCUUCACCUGUCACAGUCAGGGGCUUUUGCAAUGACAGUCUUAGUGAUGACACGUGGGUCUGGGCAGCAUCCCUUCAUUUUUUGUUUUGUUUUGUUUUGUUUUGAAUCCAGUAUCCGUUGAUUUGAUUGUGGUUAGAGAACUCGGACAUUUUGCUGCUAAAGAAUCUCCCCUCCUGACCCUUCAUGCACUGCUGUGGAUUUUUUAAAAAGAAACAAAAGUACCCUUUUCCUGCCCUCCACACAUAUACUCCGUGAGAUUACCGUGCCUGCGACAAAGUGUUAAUCUUGGAUCGUAUUUUUAUAUCAUAUUCACAUAUUUGUUUUUUUAAUUGGUAUUAGACGACAUGAUUAAUAAAAAGGCAAGAUAUUUUCAGAAUUUGAAUUUCAGUUUUUUUCUUUUCUUUUGAAAUAUCCCUUUAAUAUUUUUUUUUUAAUUGUAAUGAAGAGAAUCCUGUUGCUCUGGUCCUUCCAACAAGCCCUGGGCGAGGAGCCUAAGGAACAGUGCAGCAGUGGAAUGGCUUAAGUAGAUCAGGAUGUCUGUGACUUACGGGUUUGAGUGGGAUGAGGGUUGAUUUUUUUUUUUCUUUUUUCAAUGCUAUGCGACAGUUCCAAACCUUUAUCAUUACCCUACGAGGGUAAAUCAGUUCCUCAAUACAGGGUUCAUUUGUGACCUUUGGGGUUUGGCCUUACCAAAGCAAAAAAGGGUGCAAGAAAUGUGGAAGUCUUGUCUGCUUGUUAACACACAGACAAACAGCCACACACGCACACAAGCAGAAGACGUUUUGUAUUACCGAUCCCUACUCAACAUACUUGAAUUCUUGAAUUUCCUUUGGGGUAAAAAAGGAUUUGAAACCAUAAAGUGUUUUGAAGAAAUGAAGUCUACAAAAACAUACUUUCUUUUCCUUUUUUCUCCCUCCACAGACAAUGUCCUCUGUUAAAUUCCUAACUACAAUAAAUGGUGAUACACAUUCAGAAA